UUUUCGGCCAAAACAACGGGCCAUUUCGAAACGAUUCUCAGUGGAAACGGAACACGGUCGUCUCUGGGUCGGAAUUUAAUAAAGAAUAAUUACAACAGACAUCAGUUCGACGGGCAAUAAAUAAACAAUUACUGCAAUUUGUUUAAGCAAAAUAUACAAAACGAAAGAUUGAAAUAAAGGCCAAAAUAACAGAAAUAUUUGUGGCACGCUUGAUAUUGGAUUUGAUUAUCGUUGAAUUGUUGUUUGUGAAUCGAAACGGUGUCGGAAUUUCUAUCUCAUUUCUACUUGUACUAAAAUAGCAUACAAAAGAUGUCAGAGCCCACGGCCCAACAACAGCAACAGCAGCCACAGAAUGGCAAGGAGCGUUCCAAGUCAACUGAGGAGAAAGAAAUUCCCCGUGAACCGGCGUUGGUUUGCAAAGACAUCAAUAUUAAGACUGAAUUGGAGUGCCUGGUAAAGCUGCUCGAUGGCAAGAUCUACAAAGAAGAGGAAGUGGCCAUGGAGGAGCUGCAUCAGUAUUUGAUCGAGGACGAUGGCUCCUGGGCGCUGGGUGACAAUUUCCUUGUGUUUGUGCAGCGUGUACUGCGCGAUUCUCAGGCUUUUUCGCCGGACACACGGAUACACAUGAUUCGCACGUUGGCCUAUGCCGCAUUGAAGGAUGAUGUGAUCAUAAUACUGCAUCAGGAUCGCAGGGAUCACACCUUGAUGAACUUUGCACAGGACAUUGAUAAGCACACACCCGAGGAGCAACAGGCUUGGGCCAUGUUUACUUGCAAUCUCUUUGAGAAUGUGGGACCCUCGGAGUGGCUGCUGUACAUUUCGGAAUGGGAAUACAAUGGACAGACCAUCUCAAACAUAAGGGUUACCACCAAGGUGGCGGUACACUGCAUCCUCUCCAAUUGUCCGCAGUUGAAGAACAUUGGCUCGAUGAUCCUCUACAACAUUGCGAUCAAGGAAGUCAAGACGGUGGUAUUUGAUGACGUUGCUGUGGAGCUGGCCAUGGCCAUUUUGCAAUUCUUCCAGAGCAGCCCCAAUGAAGAUCAGAUCUUCCGCACGCUGAAGGCGCUAGCGCGUUUCCUCGAGGUAUCGCCCGAUGUUCAGAUGAUCAUUCAAAUGAUUGGACCGCAUCCAAAACAAUUCGCUGGCAAAAGCGAACGUGUUGACGAGCUGAUAAAGAUUAUUUCUCGCAAAGUGCCCGCCUAAGAGAAGGAUAGAUAUGGCGAGUGCACGGUGGGAAAGAGAGAAAUAAUCAUAAUUUAAGAGUAUAAUCAAUCAUAGGCAUACACAAUGUAGAUCUUUCAUUUUUGUAAAGCAUUUUCGCGACACAAUAAACAUUUCUAUUCUUUA